AUGAGCAACAGCAGCAACAACGACGAGGCGUUGUCGGAGCCAUUCCAUGGCAUUGAUUCGCUGCCUCCGGGAAAAGAGGGCGAGGAGAUUGAGCAGUCAAGUAGCGGAGAAGAGCCGCCAACAGAGAAGAGCUUGACUAAGGCUGAAACCUUCUUGCUUGUCGUUUCCAUAUGCAUUCCGACAUUCAUUGCGGCCCUGGAACAGACUAUCGUAGCUACCGCAGUCCCAACCAUAGCCAAGCACUUUAAUGCUUCUACAGUCGAAUAUGCCUGGAUUGGAACGGCUUACUUGCUCCCAGCUGCUGCUUCCGCUCCCCCGUGGGGUUCACUUAGCGACAUCUUUGGCCGAAAGCCGACACUGCUCGCAUCCAUCUUCGUCUUCUUCAUCGGUUCCCUCAUUGGCGCACUUGCCCCUAACAUACAUGCCAUCCUUGCGGGACGAGUGAUUCAGGGUACAGGCGGUGGUGGAAUAUUGGGCUUGUCAGCGACGGUCGUUGCUGAUGCAUUCAGUCCUCUUGAACGAAGCAAGUAUUAUGGCAUAAUUGGUGUCACCUGGGGUUUGGCUUGCGGACUUGGUCCCAUCAUUGGUGGAGCCUUCGCCGAAUUCGUCAGUUGGAGAUGGUGUUUCUGGAUCAAUCUCCCCGUUGCUGGUGUUUCCGCCGUAUUCGUCGUCUUCUUCCUCAAGGUCCACACACCUAGGACACCCAUCAUCCAGGGGUUGCUCGCAAUGGAUUGGCUCGGCACGCUCUUGUUGGUCUGCGCAACCGUUAUGUUCUUACUAGGACUGGGCUAUGGUGGUGUUGCAUACCCUUGGGACUCGGCCGUAGUCAUCUGCCUCAUAAUAUUUGGCGUGGUUACGCUCGGUGUAUUUGUUGUGGUCGAAUGGAAGGUUGCCAAAUAUCCCAUCGUUCCGAUGAGACUUUUCCAGUCCACUUCCAAUAUCAGCAUUUUCGGUAUCGCAUACCUGCACGGUGCCAUAUUUAUGGCCAACCUUUACUAUCUUCCUCUGUACUUCCAGAGCGUCCUCGGUGCCACUCCCAUCCUCUCUGGUGUCUAUCUACUUCCAGUAGCAAUCACCAUGUGCUUUUUGUCAAGCUUGAGCGGGUACUACAUUAGCAAGACGGGCCGAUACAGACCACCUAUUUACAUUGGCUUGGUAUUAAUGCUUUUGGGAACUGGACUCUACAUUGACCUCAAGCCUUACCCAUCCUGGCCACGAAUCAUCCUCUACCAGAUCGUAUCUGGGCUCGGACUAGGGCCUGUUUUCCAGGCUCCAAUAAUGGCCAUAUUCACAAUCACAAAACCAGCAGAUAUCGCGUCCGCAGUAACGACACUCCUCUUCAUUCGUGACAUCGCAACUGCCAUGUCGAUUGUCUUUGGAGGCGUUAUCUUUCAAAACCGCAUGUCACAGCAGUCCGGCAUAAUCACUGCUGCUUUGCCAUACGAUGCAGCAGCACAGAUCAUCGGCGGGGAGGAAUCGAGUGCGCUUACCUUAAUCCCCACUUUGCCCGAUGACCAGAAACGCGUUAUCGAUGAGGUUUAUACUUCGAGUAUACGCACUGAAUGGAUAUUCUACACUGCACUUGCUGGUGUAGCACUGCUCUUGAGUCUGUUAAUCAGUAAGCAGGUGCUCUCUAAAGAGCACAAGCUUCACAAGACAGGACUCGAUACCAUGGAGCAAAAUCGACUGGAGGAAGAAGAAAAGAAGAACGUGAAGCACGAGAAUGGGCAAGGCCAUGUCUGA